AUGCCGCUAUCUUUAUGGAAGAGGAUCAAUGCUGAGAUCAAGCCAACAAGGAUGUCUUUGCAGCUAGCCGAUAGAUCAGUAAGGAUUCCAGUCGGUGUUGUUAAAGAUUUGCCAGUUCAAAAAGGGAAGUUCUAUGUCCCUUUUGAUUUUGUAAUCAUGGAUAUUAUUGAAGAUCAUGUCAUACCUAUCAUUCUUGGGAGAGAUUUUCUAAAAACUACACGAGUUGUUUUUAAUGUGUUCAAUGAAAGAGUUGAAGAUGGAAGGUUCUCAGAGGUCGCAAGUUUGAGGAAGUUGUUAGAUGAACCAGAUUUCUAUAUGGAACCAGUGAAGGAAACAUUUUUGCAGGCUUCUAUGACGGUUAAAGAGGAGAGAUCCAUGCCUCCUUAG